GACUACUAAGUGCUACAAAUCCCUCGUCGAAUGUCCCGCACCCCACAACUCAGUCAACACUCGACACUUACGACACACAGUCGCGGAGAAAUAAACUAAAAGUAGCAAAUAAAUAUGACAUCGCAAUGGCGACGGUUUCUAUAAUUCUAUUCGUACUUGCAAAUCGAGUCAACUCGCAAACGAGCUUAACUACCCCGAACACAGGAAGCGGUAUAAACAGUUUAUCAGGAGGACUAGAAGUUACUACCAUUUUUCCGACGCAAAUCCAACAAAUUCAAACGACGUCGGAAACGACGCUCGCGGUCUCCGCCGGAAACAAUCUAAAUGAUGUUGGCGGCACGGUACCGGCCUCCGCCUUGGAUGUACCAGAACAGAAUUUCCAAGCAAUCUCCACAAUUUACUUGAUGAAAAACAAGAAAACCAAUGAUGAAAAAUAUGCACGCCGAGAAAAUGGUAACUCACUUUUAGAUGGAAGUGACGGAGGAAAUAACGAGAAAUAUACGAAGAACUCUGGAGAAAAUCUAGAAACUAUCAAAGCUGAGUCUCUUGUUUGGGACAACUGUUUAGAAGCAACUUUUAAAGAUGUUCCACAAAACAUUGUGAAGUCACCGGAUACUCAGAAUGAUAAUCAUGAUUAUAGAUAUCAAGGGAGUAAAGAAAUUGGAAGUAUAUGGAGAAAGAGAGAUGCAGGAAAUUUGUAUUUCAAUUCGACUGCGGGGAAAGCGUGGUUGGAGAAAUACAACAAUCUACUAAAUGCUAAGACAGAAGAAAGACGUCAACAGAAAGCUGAUUUAACAGCAGUAAAGAAAGUAACUACAACAGUCGCUACCACUGCAGAACCCAAAACAACUGUUCAAGUGAUACCAAUAACAAGAGAAGUUUUCAAAGAACCAUUUGAUUUAUUCAAUACUACAGACAUGGGCGUUACUGAAAGUGACAUUGUAGCAAGUUACACAGAAGAUUGGUUCGAGGAAAAGGACAGAAGUAAAAUAAGAUUUGGUAAUUUACCACAAAAAGAAACAUAUUUAAUACCAGCACUGAAAUUGGAGCAGACAUUUCAUCCUUUCGGGUUUAUGUCAGAUUUCUUUUAUCUGAUAUACCCGUUUGACUUUCCUGUAGGUCUAAUCAAGGAUAUAGUGUGGGGUGAAUUUACAUUUCCGUAUUCAUUCUUACAGUCAAUAAAAGUUGAAUCAACGUUCCUGGCAUUUAUCAUCGCGUUUGCCUGCAUCGCCCUGGUAAUACCUGCGUACCUCCUCAUCUUGGGAAUUCUAUCCUUAUUUUCAAGGUCCAGGUAUGAGGAUGAACUGGAAACUGGAGCUUUAUUCCCUGAAGCUGAGAACUCGGAUUGCAAUGACAGAGCGUUGGUGGUUGUGACUUUAUUCAUCGUGCUUGUCUGCUGCGUCCUAAUAUCAGGGAUGGCAGUAAGCAACGAGCAAGCUCGUUUAGCCGCAUCUGACGGACGCAAUGUAGUCAGUUGCGCAUGCGCCGACAUUGCGUCCUGGCUGUCGGCCGCUGCGCGAGAGUUGCACCACAGUCUUGUACCUCCAGUGGACUUAGUACUUCAUGCCUAUAAGGAAGAUUUGAAAAACGUUGAAUCGCUAUUGGGCGAACCCAUUCAGCAAGCGAUAUCUUCUGAGAGCGGUAUUGAUUUGGUGUUCGAUUCCCUGGCAGAUAUUAUUUCAGAAAGCGAAGAUCUUUCCUCAAAAAUAUCUUCUUUGCGCGACGUUAGCAUCAAGGCUGGUUCCCUAGCGUCUGCAGCAUCAGACAGGAUCAAGGACUUGGCUCGUCAGCUCGAGAACUUGAAGAAACACUGCACUCUGAAGGACACUCCAUUAUGCGACACUAUUAAUACUCAUUCUAUUGAAUUAAAAAUGAAGUUUGAUUUGAUCAAAUGUAAUAUUUCAGAUACUACACGAGCAGCAGUUAUUGGAACUCCGUACUCUAGGGGUGGAGAAUUUAACACGAGCGAUAUCUACUGCAGGCAAGAGUUCAAAACUUUGCCGUCGGCCAUACUGGCACAAACCACACAAGUCCGGGAAGAUAUUCUCCGAGACAUCGAAAACCGAAGACAAGCGGUGCAUAUUUCUGCUAAGGUCCUUAGCGACAUAGUGCGCCAUCUGACGUCAGGUCUCCAUACUAUUGCAAGACAACUGGAAUCAAGUCUCGAGAGAGUACAAAGAUAUGAGUUCGCGAGGUGGACACUUAUGUUAGCUUGUAUCGUUACUUUUGGAUUCGUCAUGAUGCUUAUAAUUUUGGGCAUGCUUUGCGGAUGUGGUCACGCCAAGAAUCAUGCUAGAAGGACUUUGAAAGUAUCAGCUAUCUGGUUAUGCCUCGCCUCUCUAAUGCUAUGGGGAAUUGUAUCAGCAGUUUUCCUAAUAGCUGGUCAUGCAGAAGUCUACGUAUGCCAUGCCCUAUGGGACUCGCAAUACGAAACGCUUACUGCUCUACUGGAUAGACCAUCACCACUUUUGGCAAACAAUGAGGGGAUUUUUGACGCCAUGUUCAGAGAAAUGGAUAACAUAACUAUUGACGUGUCAGUUAAGGAUGUGUUGAGGGACUGUGAAAAAGACAGACCAGCGUACUCUGUUUUCCAACUGGACAAAAUAUUAGACGUGAAUAAAGAAACGUCAUAUUUUGAGUGGCAAGAACUACAAACUGACUUCGGGAAAUUGGCUUCUUCAAUAGAUGUUGGUCUUUUGAAGACUAUAUCUGUUAAUUUCAGUCGAUUAUUGCAUGAAAUGCUUAUUGUUUCUGAUGUGGAUAUCGCUAAAUAUAGAAUGGACUACAACGUCCCAGUCGUUAGUAAGGACUUACCGUCUCUCGUGGAUCAACUGGAAAACAUAGCAGCUCAAGUUACAGAUCUUACUACUGCAGGGAGACUAGAAACCUUAGCGACACGAACACAGAGGCUAUACCUAACAAACAUCAAACCACUGGAACAGCUUCGAGCUGAUGUGGUAUUCAAACUGACAGAAUUAGAACUUCAAUUGUCACCGUUUAGAAGAAAACUUAACAUUUCUCUAAGUCACAUCCAUACUGCGCAGUUUUAUAUCGAUAACCAGGGUGAUGUUAUCGCUCAGAAAAAAGUAUCAAUCUACAUAUCCCGCCUAGUCUCCCAUGCAGCUGGCUGGAGAACACACGUACUUAUUUCGACCAGUAAGCACGCUGCUCGGUGUAAACCUUUGUAUUCUGUGUACGCAGCUGCUAGGUCUCUGCUGUGUUCCCAAUACGUUUCGUCUUUGGCCACCUGCCCCACCUCCAAGAAGCGACAGCUGGUGAUCUGCCAAAGAAGGUUUAAACCAAAGAGUAAAUGCUUUUAAAGGCACAAAGUCUUAUAUUUCUAUAAUUUAAACAGAGUCUGUUUUUGUUUGUAUUAAUAAUAAAGAAGUUCAGGUUUUUAGCAAAAUCACAGACGUUUUU